AUGAGCAGUGAACUUAGUGAAACUGAAAAGAGAAAGCUUAUCAGGGAAAGGAGACAGAAAAAGUUCAGUAAUGGAGGUGCUAGUGCUAGACUGAAUAGAAUUACUGGUCAAGCUGAAAACUCACAAUUAGAUACAGAAUCUCCAUUGGAUAGCAAAUCAUCAAGGGAAACAACACCAACCGUCACUAAAGUUGAUUCAAAUACAGAGGAAAUGGAUGAAUUAUUAGAAAAUAUAGCUACCAGUCCUUCAAAUAAAGUUGAGAAAAGUCAAAAGAAAAAGGAACAAGCUACUUCUCCUCAGGAAACCAUAGAUCCAGAACUUGAGAUUUUUAAACAAUUAGCAGAGAAUCAACAAAAUGAUGUAUCCACUCCAGAUUUGUUCUCUAUGUUACGUUCAAUGAAGGAUAAUAUGGCAAAAUCUGCUGCCACUGAUACAAAUCCACCAUUGGAACCUGUGGACCAGCAAUUAUUAGAUUACAAUAAUUAUCUAAUCAAUAAUUUGAAAGUUUGGUCAAUUAUCUUUAAAUGGUGUUUUUUCCUAAUACCAUAUUUAUUUGCCCUUACCAGAUCUGAACCAAUUUCAUUUUUACCUGAACAGUUCUCGAAUCCAUCAAACUUCUUUAUGAUUUUUCUGUCUUUUGAAAUUGUUGCUACUUCUAUCUACUUCCAAAAAUUACAAAACAUUGAAAAGUCAAAUAAAAUCAAUGGUUUCCAAAGUAAUAAUAAGAUCGUAAACUUAGUUUCACUAAUUCCAGAAGGUGUAUUGCCAGUUCCAGAUAUCAAGGGUAAAGUCAUUAUGGCUUUGCAAUAUUGGGAUGUCUUUUCCAUGUUCUUAACAGAUAUUUGCUUUGUUCUAGUUAUGAUGGGUUUAUUCAAAUUAAUCUAA